UGUAAAGUUAUAUGUCGUAAACUGUGCGAUAUGAAAGUUUUAACUACUUUCAGGAUUUACUCUCGGGAUGUUUACGUGAAACAUGUGCACGGAGAGUGGAAACCUGACGACCACUGGGAUGCGUCGUCUCUCUCCCGCCAGCCAAUGAGAGAUGACAUCAGUUCCUCUCCAGCCAAUCGAUGCACGGCAGGUUCAGUCCAUCCAGCGAAUCGGCUAACAGUUUGAAGCGCUGAUGCAACUAACCUGCAACAACAGCCACAUAUCUCCUGGGUAGCAAAACGUGUUCUUCCUCGCUAGAAUAAAUGAAGUAGUCCCUGUGUAACAAUACAUAUCUGAACGGCAGCGUGUUUGUGCUAUGAUAUACAUAUUUAAUGUAUAGCCAGAUAUUGCGAAUGCCAUCCCAACUCUCGUGAAUAGCAACUUUCAAAACGUAUUCUUCUCUCAAACCAACAGUCUUUCUAGAUAAGUAUAUAAUGGCUACGAACUGUUUUCACGGAGGUCGAGGAGAAAAUAUGACAGCUAGGUCUUCUGGGCGUUUUCGCCGGUGCUUCAACUCGAGGUGUGAAAUUUAUUCUAGACCAAAACAUCCGUAGGGCGGAGGAAUCUAUAGCACGGGGGCUGACCGCGUGACGCAGCUGGUUGCUAGGGGUGGGUGACCUGAUGCAUUGACUCAAUUAGCCGAUUCUCAGUCAUCAACUCCAUCACAACAAAGCAAGACCAGCAGCACUUCAGUCCAAGACACUCCGGAGACAUGGCUUUUUAAUUCAGUAUUGUCCUCGAUCUUAAAGAAACACCGUGCUUUGCUCUUGCAACGCACCCCAAGCCCAAAACAUUUCAGCAAGAAUGGAGUUCCAUAAUGCACACCAAGCCCUGUUUUCUGUGGCUCAACUCUCAAACUUCACUAUUUUGCACUGUAAGCUCGGACAUUUGAAUCGUAGGACCAACGGACAGGAUGAUGACUAUGUCAGCACCCAUUUGGAAGACUUUACUUGUUUGCCCGGCAGACCCCCUCACUCUCUCUCACCCACAGGCUAACCACAGCCAAUCGGAGGGGCGCAAAGGGGAGGGGCCAGAAGAGAGCCAGCACUUAAUUGGUGAUGGUCUUAGUGAUUGGAUGACGGAAGAAGUAGAUUUCUCCUCUUACCUCCCAACCCCUCACUCCUCUCCCUCCCCAAAUGCAUCCCUUCCCCCCUCGCCCCUCCAGCAUGACAUUCAGGUGCCCUCAGAUUUGGAGGUCAUGACCUCUCUGCUGCAAGAGGAGCUUGCUCAGCUGGAGGAUUACUUCCUGUCUGAACCACUCCCAGAAAAGGCCUCCAAACUGGGCAAAUGCGACAAGGGUCCAACAGCAGUUGGUCCUCCAUCGUAUUACCAGUUGCCCUACACAUCAUAUUCUUCUUCCAACCAAUCAGAAUCCAGCCCUCUACUUGUUACCCUGGCAACUGGGGAACUUGACUUGCUGAGCUUUUGUGGGGGUCCCAUUGGGCGUACCAAAAUUCCUAGACACACCCCUUACAGUUGCAGCCGCCCCAACAGCAACAUCUGCAGCCGCAAGCGUGUUUCCGAUGGGGCGAGGGUGGCUGAAAGCUACGAGAGUAGCAUCUGGAGUUCCAAAGGAUGUUCCUCAGGUAACUCAGCUGUUGCACCUGCUGGUAGCUAUAGCUGUGCAGAAGAUGAACAGGUGGUGGGCAAAGGCUACUGCCUGGGCAGUGCGGUGGAGAUCAGAAGGUGCACUAUUUUACCCAAAGAGGAGAAGAACUGCCGCUACACAGAAGAGGCCAUUGCCACAAGUAAGGUUGUUGGCGGCGGAUACGGAUUUAGUGGACCCCUUCAAAUUCCCCUAAAGAAAGAUGAAAUGAUGUAUGGUGUCAGAGAAGUAAAUUUAAGUGGCAUAGGAGGAAGCACAGAGAUGGAGAUAAUGAGUGAUGCAAAGAGUGGUUCUAGCGACGUGGUGAAGGCCAACACCACUUGGAAGUCUGAGCCCAACGAAAGCCGUUUCCUCCAAGGUACACCCCAAGAAGAGGCCUACAAUAGCUUUCUAGGGGCCAUCAAUGACCCAGUUAAAGCAGAAAGUGCAGAGAUUCAUCGUCAACAUAAUAACUUUCACUGCGGCUUUCUUGAAGGCCAAGGCCCUGAUUGUUUGGGUGGUGACCACCACAGACCAGAAAUGGGAUCUCCAUGUGCUAGAGGAGUCUGUGUGUUAAAAGAAGAUCCCUGCAUUGUGAAACCAGAGCUAGAGGUACCACUUAUCGAAGGGAACCAUGGUGAACGCAAACAGAAGAAGAGAGAUCAGAACAAGACUGCAGCUCACAGAUAUCGUCAAAGAAAGCGAGCAGAGUUUGACUCAUUAGAGGAACAGCUUCAUGGUCUGGAGGGUAGAAACCGAGAGCUGCGGGACAAGGCAGAAUCAGUGGAACGGGAGAUCCAGUAUGUGAAAGACCUCCUGAUUGAGGUGUACAAGGCCCGUAGCCAACGCCUAAAACAGGAAACCAGAACCUGACCAAAAGCUUGACCACCUGCAAGUAGAAUUGUUAGCAACAGAAUUUGAGUUGGAAUGUUUUAUGUUUUUAGGAAGUGGUGGAGGUUGUACUAUUGCACGUUAUUCAAUUAUUUAAUUUUUGUUACAAACUGACAAAGUCCAUCAACAGCUGCAGCACAGACAUCCACUUUCUCAGAAACAACUCCAAAUCAGUCAAUAUGCACUGUGAUUAUGUCUUGUCUUGAAUGACCGCCAUUUUUUUAACAUGGGUCUGCUUUCUUCAAGAGUGGCGGAAUGAGUCAUCCUCUUGUUUCCAUAAAUGAGCUUUAUCAACAGAGCAUUUACUGUUCAGGACUGACAGAAAUCAGCAUUGAAUAAAUCUAGACAUUAAAUGUUUAUCAUUUAUUUAGAAAAGGCUGGAAGAUAAUAUCAAAAUUUAGCAUAUGACCUGCAUGUAUCUUAAUUUAUUUAAAGGCUGUUUUUUAGUUUCAAUUAUUUAUUAACAGUUUCAACAUAAUACUAAUAAUGCACAACCUAUACAACAUUUGUUGAUGCUAUUAUCUUUAUCGUUUUAUAUAUCAAUUAAGGAAUAAGCACUGAUAUUAAAAGCAAUCUAUUUCUCAGAUAUUGAGUUUCAGGGGAAUUCAAAAUGAAUUCACUCAGGAAUAAUGAACCUGAUCAUGUGUUUUUAAAUCCCCAAUUUAGAUUAGUCCUGCAGCUCAGGUAUACAAUUUAUGUCCAAAGUCAUGGAGGUAUGUCAGUUUGUAACUCAAUGCUAAAGACAUGGCACUGCCUAAUGUUGUGUGUGUUGAUUUUCUGUACUUUUGUUCUUGCAUGCCGAAGGGUUCAUGAAUCUUUAAAAAAUAAUGCUUUUUUUGUCUGAAUGACAUGUUGAACAUUACUGCAAAACUCUUUUUGCUUAAAAAAUCCUAUUUUACAUUAUCUUUGCUAAUACGUUUCAUUAGAGAUGAAUGAGUGAAUUUGAUUCACAAACCAAUGCUUGGCCCAGUGGCUCUACUGUUAUUGCGAUAACAAUCAGGGUUUGUGAUUUUAUAAAACUGGUUUGCUCUAAUGCACAAGUGUGUGUUUGGGGACAGAAAAUAAAUCUUUAUAGGGAUAGCUUUUUAUAAUUAACUGAAAUGAUUGCAUUGGCUUUAUAUACCAAUUGCAUACUCCCAGCAGCUUAUAGCAAUUUUUAAUUAAUGUAAAUGUCUUAAAUUAUGAUUAUUGCAUUUUUAAUCUGCACAAUUCAUGGUUUUCAUGUUUACAAUUUAGUCGAUUUCAGGGGGUUUUCCUGGCAACCUCUAGUGACUCUGAUUUGCUACUUGAUUAAAUAGGGGACAUGCAAUAUCACAGUUAUAACAAUAACAAAGAAAUCAUCAGCAAAUCAAGCUUUGAUUAUUUCCUCUGUCGUUCUUUUGUGGCAUUUUUGCCGAAGUGUGGUGUGUAAGUUAUUACGUAGCAAUAUUACAUAUAUUAUUUAAUUCCUCUAAAUUAACAACCUACUGAGAGCGCUUACCAUAACGACUUAAAAUAUUCUUUCCUCAUGGCGGUAUACAAUCAUGUUUCUGAAAUAUAGCUUAUUAUGCGCUGUGUUUUAUGCCCAUAUGUUGGCAAUGUUUCUUUUUUAUACCCCCAACAAACGCGGUGUUCAAGGAGUUUACACCAGCUAUAAUACCAAGUUAUUUUGUACGAGGCAUUUCGAUGUAUCGUCUCCGAAUAGAUGCUUUGUGUUUUCCUGUUACCCUUUGAUUCCAAUAAAGUGAUUUGUUGUUUAUG